AUGGCACCAGCCAGGGCAAGAUUCUGCCCUCUGCCGCUGCUCCUGCUGCUGGGGCUGUGGGUGGCCGAGGUCCCAGUCAGUGCCAAGCCCAAACACAUGACCUCAGCUCAGUGGUUGGAAACCCAGCACGUGCAGCCCAGGCCCCAGGCAUGCAAAGGGCCCAUGGGCAACGUCAACAAGCGCAUGAAACCCUGCAAAGGCCUCAGCACCUUCCUGCAUGAAUCUUUCUCCAGUGUGGCCGCCCCCUGCCACACUCCCAUCAUAACCUGCAAGAAUGGCCACGAAAGCUGCCAUCAGAGCCAGAGGCCCGUGUCCCUGACCACGUGUGAGGGCAUGAUUGCAGGUACCGAGGAAAGCAACUGGAUGCAUUCUUCAUCAGGGCCUGUGAAGGAUGAGUUGAGGUACCUGCUGGUUCCAAUGAUCUUGGGUAAUGCUGUCUAA